AUGCACCGGCUCAUCCUUGUCUACACGCUAGUCUGCGCAAACUUUUGCAGCUACCGGGACACCUCUGCCACCCCGCAGAGCGCAUCUAUCAAAGCUUUGCGUAACGCCAACCUCAGGCGAGAUGAGACACGGCUGCCUGCUCCACCUUUCUGGCUUCGCGUGGGGCUACCAGCUCAGAAGGAGGAGACGUACCACUCUGAGCGCAAUGACAAUGUUGUCUUUCCAAAAUGUUUGUUAUUUGAGAGCAAUCACCUCACAGACUUGUACCGAAGAGACGAGACCAUCCAGGUGACAGGACACGGCCACGUGCAGAGUCCCCGCUUCCCAAACAGCUACCCUCGCAACCUGCUUCUGACCUGGCGGCUCCAUUCCCAGGAGAAAACAAGGAUACAGCUAGCCUUUGACAAUCAGUUUGGAUUAGAGGAAGCGGAAAAUGAUAUCUGUAGGUAUGAUUUUGUAGAAGUUGAAGACAUAUCUGAAACCAGUACUGUUAUUAGAGGACGAUGGUGUGGACACAAGGAAGUUCCUCCAAGGAUAACAUCAAGAACGAACCAGAUUAAAAUAACGUUCAAGUCUGAUGACUACUUUGUGGCUAAACCUGGAUUCAAGAUUUAUUAUUCUUUUGUGGAAGAUUUCCAACCUGCAGCAGCCUCAGAGACCAACUGGGAGUCAGUCACAAGCUCUAUCUCAGGGGUAUCCUAUCACUCUCCAUCAGUAACGGACCCCACUCUUACUGCGGAUGCUCUGGAUAAAACGAUUGCAGAAUUUGAUACUGUGGAAGAGCUGCUCAAGCACUUCAAUCCAGAAUCAUGGCAAGACGAUCUUGAGAAUCUGUAUUUGGAUACCCCUCAUCAUCGAGGCAGAUCGUAUCAUGACAGGAAGUCAAAAGUUGACCUGGACAGGCUCAAUGAUGAUGUCAAGCGUUACAGUUGCACUCCCAGGAAUUACUCCGUCAACUUGAGAGAAGAGCUGAAGCUUACCAAUGUGGUCUUCUUUCCACGCUGCCUCCUUGUGCAGCGCUGCGGAGGAAACUGUGGCUGUGGAACUGUCAACUGGAAGUCAUGUGCGUGCAAUUCAGGGAAAACUGUGAAAAAGUAUCACGAGGUGUUAAAGUUUGAACCUGGCCAUUUCAAGAGGAGGGGCAGAGCAAAGCAUAUGGCUCUCGUUGACAUCCAGUUGGAUCAUCAUGAGCGGUGCGACUGUAUCUGCAGCUCAAGACCACCUCGAUAA